UUACGCGAUGACGCAACGCGACAACUGCGGGUCCCGAUUGCUGCAGCCGCUUGUCAGUGUGACGAAGAUUGGCACUCAGGUUGGCCGCCUGUCCGUGCUAUUUAUAAUGCCCCAGUGUUUGCAGCAUCUGCAGUGAACGUGAUGGCAGCCCAGUCGGUUUCCAUAGACAAGUAUCCAAAGGGAGAGCAGCAGAUGCAAGGUGUGGUAAAGGUAGACAUCGAGUCUGAGCAUAAGUUUAUUGAGGGGACACUGGUAGAGGCAUCUAGCCCAGCACCCACAGAGCCACAGACACCCAUGGACGCGGACAAGGCCUCCAUAUAUCGGCAUCCCCUGUUCCCUCUCUUGGCCCUGCUGUUUGAGAAGUGUGAACAGUCCACGCUGAGCUCUGAUUGCAUCACCUCGGCGAGCUUUGAUGUGGACAUUGAGAACUUUGUCCGCAAUCAGGAGAAGGAGGGCAAACCUUUUUUCAGCGAGGACCCUGAACUUGACAAUUUGAUGGUGAAAGCCAUCCAAGUGCUGCGGAUCCACCUGCUGGAGCUGGAGAAGGUGAGUGACCUGUGUAAGGACUUCUGCAGCCGCUACAUCGCCUGCCUCAAGACUAAGAUGAACAGUGAAACUCUGCUGAGUGGAGAGCCAGGGAGCCCGUAUUCCCCCGUACAAAGCCAGGUCCAGGGCUUUUCACCCACCAAGACUCCGACCUCCGGCUCUAUCUCAGGGACCAUCAGUCCCCAGGGUCAAAUUGUGGUGCCAGCAUCAGCCCUGCAGCAAGGGAACGUUACCGUGACAGCUGUCAACCCCACCCAGGUGGUCGCAGGUAUGUCACCAUGGCAUACAACCCCUCCCUCAGGUGGCACAGUGUUCCAGCCUGUUACAGUCGUCACGCCUCAGGGCCAGGUGGUAACACAGGCUCUGUCUCCUGGGACAAUACGCGUCCAAAACAAUCAGCUCCAGCUGCAGUUUCACCAGGACUUGAACCUCUUUAAUCAUGACGACAACUCAACCAAGAACAAACGUGGCGUUCUACCCAAGCACGCCACCAAUGUCAUGCGCUCGUGGCUCUUCCAGCACAUUGGGCACCCAUAUCCAACAGAGGAUGAAAAGAAACAAAUUGCCACACAGACAAAUUUGACACUUCUGCAGGUCAACAACUGGUUUAUAAAUGCACGGAGGCGGAUCCUGCAGCCAAUGUUGGACGCCAGCUCCUCUGAGACACCAAAAGCCAAGAAGAAGACCCCGCAAAACCGACCACUGCAGCGCUUCUGGCCUGACUCGAUUGCUGGAGGAGGAGGUGCCCAGCAGCAAGUCACCAUGCCAGAUGGAACAAUGGUAACGAUGAACAUGGAGGGCCUGCAGAGCCUGACGUCAGACGGUGCCACACUGGCAGUACAGCAGGUGAUGCUUGGAGGCCACAGUGAGGACGAGUCGGGGGACAGCGGAGAUGAGGACGAUGACACAGACAUGGCUGGGCUGGGCCUGGACAACAGCGACUCGUUGCAGUAGAGGACACACUCCCUCACACUCUGAUCUACACAUACACACAAGACAUGCAUAACUAGGUCUACAGAUUAAAUGUGUUUUUUCCAACACACAAUGAAUCGUAGUACAAAAAGACAGACACAUUAGGUUUACAUAGAGCACAAAACUACAGGACGUAACAGUCCUGCACUCUUCCAAUCCUCCACCCUGCUGAACGGCAGUUUAUGCUGCUUGUGUGUACAUCAGGAGUUUCAUUUCAGAAACUGUUUUUUAAUGAUUUAAUUGAUGUAUGCGAGUGCACUUUUUUUUGUAUAUUUAAGCUCUAAAAGAUUAAAUCAAACAGACAGAAGAAAAAGAAGUGUUAAAACACUCAAAGCAAGUUUGUAUGCUCCGUUAAAAAUGUUGACUGAUUUAUGUUUUUUCUUUCUCUGCCCCUGUUCCCCAUCCCCAGUUGAAUUCUCAUUUUGGAUGCCAACAAUUUUAAAGUUGUAUCUGUAAGGGUUUGUCUUCACUUUUUGCAUGCUUGUGUUUUGAGUAGAUGUGCGCACUCUUGCGACUGACUCCACGGCUAUCACAAUGGGCCCCUGCAAACCAAGCAGAGCCCCGAGUGGAGAGAUUGAAAAAUAAGGAGAGAUGCUUAUUUUUAUAUACAAACAUAUGGAAUUAGUGUUUUCUUUCAUUUUUGUGUUCUCCUGUUUUGUAAGGAAUAUUUAUGUACAGAUUCAUAAUUAAAGCUAGCAACCCUGUUUUCCAGGGUUCUUUGAAGUUUUCUAAAAAAAACAGUAAAAGGAAUUGAAUGCUGAUGAAAAUUGCUAUUUAAAUUGGUUUUAAACUUACAAUACUAACAAGGCCUUACCUGUGUUCUUUUCUUAAGAAUUCUUGCUAAGAAGCACAAAAAAAGACUGACUGUUGGUGAAAUAGGUCAAAAGGACACUAAACUGCAGAACACUUGCGUGCUUCUAUUAAGCAUCGUUAAUAAUUUUACUGUGUAACUUCCCAGUUACCUGGGGUCUCAUUUAUAACCGAUGCGUACGCACAAAACGAGAGAUCCUACAGAAGUUGGGAUCUGUAAAAACAACCUUUAUGGAUGAAUGUGCGCACCUGCAAGGAAACUCUGACCCAACCCAUGCAUUGAAACAUUUUGGAUUUGGGAAAUUGGUGAUGCAGAUGGUGAGGUGGUGAAUUGAAGUCAGAUUGUAGAAAUUAAAUGUUAAAGGAAUCGUAUGUAUAAUGUCUCUCACACAUCAUAUUUCACAUCAUAUCACAUGUUGAUUAUAGACCCACCUUAACAGAAACAUUCAGUCCAAGCCAACUCAAAUCUUAAAUCCAAUUUUGCUCAAUAACUCAUCAAUGCUGUAUCACUAUCCCAUCUCACCCUAGGAGCACAGAGAAGAGGGCCUGACUGUAUGAAGCUGACAAUCAUGGCCAGCUGUGGAGUGCAUUGUAGCUGUUGAAAUGCACACAUCAAAUAGUAUUAAAGAAUUGCAGAACAGGGUGUCAGUAGUUUUUAAUAUCUUCUAAUACUGUGCAUAUAUCACCAAGUAAAAUUUCAGUUUUCAUUUUUUUUUUUUCUUUUCAUUUUUUGUGUGUAAAGUGGCUGCUGUGAACACAACUGUGCUGUCACUGGAGACACUGGUGGCUGCCACACACACAUUGCCUUCUCCAGUCACCUCAACUGCCACAUCUUCGCCACCUGCACAUAUGGACUGUGUAAAUGAACAGUCUGGAAAUAAAGCCAGUGUCAGGUCUCACACUAUCAUUACACUCCUGAGUCCUAAUAAUAAUAAUAAUAAUAAUGCAGGCCAACCUCAUCAUAACAAAGUUAAAUAAAUAAAAAUGGUCACCUAUCGAACUUCCACUUUAAAUGAUAUCCCAGGGUCGGGGAUACCACUGAUUGUUGCCAUCAUUUUGGCAGGGUGUGAGGCGAUCAGUCUGAUUGUUGUAAAUAUAUAACACUGCAGUUGUUGCCAUGAACCCACAUGAUCAACAGGCUCAUUUCUGUGCAUCAACAUUCAUGAGGUGCUUUGCACUUACCAUUUAUGGUUGAAUGUGGGUGUGUAGAAGGUGGGAUAUGAGGCUGAUUCACAUGCGAACAAUUCCAAUUCGUUUUAGGAUUUAUAAAAGAAAACCACGCACUGGCAGGGAUAUGCACGGUUUUAUAAAUCAGAAUAUUUUUUUGGCGCACACCAUUUUCAGCUUUUGUCCACACAUAUACUUUUGGUAUGGAUCCUACGCACUGUUUUAUAAAUGAGACCCCUGAGGAGUUAUCCUUCACAGUAAGCUGACUGCAGUGCUCAUAUGUUUUUAAAUAUAGCUCCAGUUUUACCCUCAUUGUGUAUACCAUACAUUAGUCUUUUAAUCAUUUUACAGUAGUUGCGUACUUUCUUAAAUGCACAAUCCAGAACACUAUGCUAAUCACACAAUCACAAGGAUCUAAGUCAACACAGCAAGAUAUGAACUGUAUUAACAAGAAGCAGUGGACUUUUUGCACGCAUUAAACUUUAAUUUAUGUACACAUACUGCAUUGAAAACAAAGAACAGUUGGAAAGUUGAGCUCCUUGUCCAUUUUCUGCCUGAAGGACUGGGACUAAGUGCUGCAGCCUCUGUUGGUCCCCCUGCCACUACACACACGUAGUGAAAGAUUGGAAAUCUCCUUAUCAAUAUGUACUUCACAAAUUGGGGUGCCUCUCAUUUUGAAUAUCUGUAAUAUUGUACUGUACAACUGUCAAUAGUUGGAGUAAUCUGGUCCAUAUCCCACUCGUAAAGUUGAGACUUGAAAUGGUUAAUUUCAUGCAACCUGAGGGUGUAGUGACUCUGGGUGGGUCCUUGCUGAGCUCUCAGUUCCUCACGUGCGUCUGUCUUGCUUUUUAUGAAGCGUUCACUUUUUCUUGUUUUGCCUUAGAGCUUUAUAUUUUGGAAUAAAUGAUGCCUAACUCUCUCCUGUGCACUGUCUCUUUGCCCUGUCAGCUUUGUCCCCAAACAGGUUUUGUGUGGAUCAAAGGCUCGGCCAUUUUGGUUGGAUCUCUAUAGUUUUCUUUCUUGUCAAAUGUGUAAACAUCCAAACAGAAUCCUGUGAGAAGAAACGAGCUGCCUCAGUUGUCUGUGCUCAGAGUUGGAGAAUUUAGAGCCUCUUCUCUCUGAAAGAAAACAUAGAAGUAGACAAUUUUAACACAAAUGGACACAGACAUGGAAACAUGGGGGUAAUGAUCCAGAUCUCUGGUAACAUGCUAGUUGCAACUGGCCAGAUCUAGAUCUUUUUCCAGCCCUCCUGGCCAAGCAUGGUUCCAACACUUGAGUUUUAAAAUUUCUACAACUUUAAUUUGGGCUAGGUGAUAUAAAAAUUAUGUACGAUAUAUUCAUACAAUUUCAAGCAAGAUAGAGUUCACCAGCAACACCAAGAGAGACACAGAGCUGCUACUCUAUUUAAUCUUUCGGUUAAGUAGUCUACAGUGAGACAUCCAAUGCUACGCUAAAUCAGUCUAUGAGAUGAAUAAAAUGACUGCAGCAGCACACACGCAAUACAGCGCUGCAUGUGUGGGAAGCAGAGCUCCUUGAUUGUCAGGUGAGUGUUUGUUUGCUAGUUUUUGUGUGAGGUGGAUCAUAGUGCAUCUCUGUUCUUAGUAGUUGUAGUCUAUUGUGUAACACUAAGACAGCGCCUGGAUGCAGGCGACAGAUGGUUUUUAAAAAAUGCAAAAAUACCGACAUUUCAUAUACAAGCCGUAUAUAACGCGUACAAACUGUCUCUGGCUCCUACCCUCCCUCUGCCUCUGUUGAUGCUAUGUGCAUAAAUGAGUUUUAUAGCCUAAAUAAAUAAAAAAAAAAAAUAUUUAACUCAUUUUCCAGUACUAGAUUCAUUUGAAAGCCCAUAGAAAAUAGCUUCUUACUCCCCCCACAAAGAUUUUGAAUUGCCACUUACUUGAUACUAAAUACUCAUGUUUUGUGUCCUGUGCUGCAAACCUCUGCCUCUGUAGCUCACGUGCUAUGAGCAAAAAAUUAACGCACAGCCCUGUUAUUUAUUUUAUGUCAUUUUUAAUUUACAUGUUGUGCAGCUGUAUAUUUUCAAACGGGAAAAAACUGUCUGCACUUUAUUAUGAUCACAGUCUGUUUGUUUUUUAAAGUGCUUGUGACAUCUAGAAUGUUACUUUGACUUGCAACUGAAGAUGUGGAGAAUACUGAGAUAUAUGUUUUGCAUUGCCAUUUGGCCUGAAAAUACUGAGGUGAAUUUUUAUCCAUAUCACCCAGCCCUACUGUCAAAUAUGCAGAAUUUUGUAAAAUGAUUUGUGUGGAUAUUUUCUAUAAAAAGUAAAACAUUGCACCCUGGGUUUGAAAAUGCAGAAUAUACAAUCAACAGUCAUAGUGUAAAGUCAGAUUUCUCUAUGAACUUGAGGGGACUUUUCAGGCAGGUAAAUUGUAAUGAGGGAAUAAGCAACAAUGAACAUAUAAGAAAGUCAUUCAACAGCUGUUUACUCACAAACUCUUGCAGGUGAUUUUCACUAUUCCCAUAGUGAGAAGUUUGUUUCAGUGUGGUGUGUGAGAGGGGGCCCAGUUUAUGUACUCGUAUCACAAAAUCUUAAUGAUGAAAGGGACCAGGUGUCAAGUGUACCAUUUCAAAGCUUUUACUACAUUAACAACAGCCUGAGUUCAGCUGUCCUUGGAUUCCUUAAGGAGGAGAACCAGCUGUUGAUCAAACACCACACAAAAGGUCACCAACAGCUGGAACCCUGCAGUGGUCACUCAGACAAACUGAAGAAACAGUGAAGUGUUUAAUUGCAGUUUUUGUUUACAUUUUUAAAUUCUGUAUUAAAGGGGCGGCAGUAGCUCAGUCCAUAGGGACUUGGGUUGGGAACCGGAGGGUCGCCUGUUCAAGUCCCCGUCCGGACCAAAAUAUGGAGCGUGGACUGGUAGCUGGAGAGGUGCCAGUUCACCCCCUGGGCACUGCCGAGGUGCUCCUGAGCAAGGCACCGAA